UUGGAAAAUAUAUUGGCGCCUACGAAAAUCUGGCAACGAGAAUGGAAACCGUUAUUAACAACUUGAAGAUGGAUGUUUCCGAUGUUCCGAUAACAGGAAUGUUUCUGGUCUACCCUCAAUAUUACAUUCAUUUGUUAGAGGCACCAGAAGACAUAAUUUACAAGCAUUUCAAAGAUUUUUAUGACAAGCAAACCGACGACUGUAAAGUGACGAGAUCAAUCUUCCUUCCAUUUCACCAUCACGUUAAUCAGAGAUUCUUUUCAGAUUGGUUUCACGUGUACAUGACUCCGCCUACUCUGUUGGAAAAUCUUGAAUCGCAUGAUUUGCCUAAAGUUAUGACGCAGGUGUCCAAUUGUUUGACGAAAGUGUAUGUGUUGUGUCACAGGAUAUCGAAGACGGUCUGCGAUCAAUCAAUUCCAAUGACGGAAGUCGUCCGAAAUUUGAGCUACAAGGUCGCAAGAUACUUCCCCGAAAGCACGGUGGUCGAAUACUUGUUGAAUGCGGACUCUCCUGUGCUAAUGAGCAUCGAAAAAUAUUUAAAGCUACAUUCCUCGGUGCCGUUUGUCAAUUUGUACCAAGAGUAUUUACAAUAUCAAAAAAACGUCUUUCUUUUAUGGGGUACAUGA